GAGGAAGCUGAACAUAGCAGAGAGCACUCAUUUCUCACAUUCUCCGAGGAGAAAAUGAAGGACGAGGGAGGUUUUGUUUGAAGAAAGGGUUGUUGGAGGCAGAAAUAAAGGAAAUGAAGGCGUUGAAGACCAGGUUGUGAAAGAAAAGGAAGCGAGAGCGAGAGCUGUUUUUGUUGAAUUAACAGUGGAAGUUUUUGUUCUAGUCCGACUGAGGAGCCAGAAGAUCUGCCGAGUUCUUUGACAUGCUGGAAAGGAUGCAGGAUGACUACAUCCCAUACCCGCGGAUAGAGGACAUUCUGGAGAAGGGUAGCCCAUACCCGCAGGUGAUCCUGCCCCAGUUUGGGGGUUACUGGAUUGAGGAUGCCGAGGCGCCUGUAGGCACCCCCACCUCUUCGGAGAGCAGCUUCUGUGAGGAGGAUGACGGAGGGAGUAUGAGCCCUGCGGGAGGGUUCGGCUUCAGGCUGGAGUGUAACAGCACUGCCAGGGCCUACCGCAAACACUUCCUGGGCAGGGAGCAUAUGAACUACUACUGCACAGGCAGCAGUCUGGGGAACCUCAUUAUGUCACUGAAGCACGAGGAGGCAGAGGGCCAGGAGUUCCUCCGCAUCAUGCUCAGGUCGAGGACAAAGACACACCAUGACAGGAUCUCUCUGGCAGGCCUCAACCAGCUUCCCAGUGUACCCCAGAUAGCCAAGCUUCUCUGCGACGAUGUGACUGGCCUGAAGUUCAACCCAGUCCUGUACCCCAGAGGCUCUCAGUUGAUAGUAGGUUAUGACGAACAUGAAGUGAACAAUACCUUUAAGUUUGGUGUCAUCUACCAGAAGUUUGGUCAGACGUCAGAGGAGGAGUUGUUUGGGAACAACGAGGAGACGCCAGCCUUCCGAGAGUUCCUCAGUGUUCUGGGAGACAACAUAGAGCUGAAUGACUUUAAGGGGUUCCGUGGUGGUCUGGACGUAUCUCACGGUCAGACAGGCUCUGAGUCCGUCUACACCGUCUUCAGACAGAGAGAGAUGAUGUUCCACGUCUCCACUAAACUACCCUUCACCGAGGGAGACGUACAACAGCUCCAGAGGAAGAGGCACAUAGGAAAUGACAUCGUGGCGGCGGUCUUCCAGGAAGACGCCACCCCCUUUGUGCCUGACAUGAUCGCCUCCAACUUCCUCCAUGCGUAUGUGCUGGUGCAGGUGGAGAACCCUGGUACUGAACACACUACAUACAAGGUGUCUGUUACAGCGAGGGAAGAUGUACCUCCAUUUGGCCCACCUCUCCCCAAUCCAGCGGUCUUCAAGAAGGGUCCUGAGUUCCGCGACUUCCUGCUGACAAAGCUGAUCAAUGCAGAGAACGCCUGCUACAAGUCUGACAAGUUUGCCAAGCUAGAGGGGCGGACGCGAGCUGCCUUGCUGGAUAACCUUCACGAUGAGCUCCACAGACAGACCCAGGCUACUCUGGGGCUUGGCCAGGCUGGGGAGGAGGACAAGCUGGAGAACGGGGGCCAUGGGGGACUGCUGGAGUCCUUCAAGCGUGCGAUGCGCGUCCGGAGUCACUCCAUGGAGACCAUGGUGGGGUCCCACCGUCACCGGAGUCCAGGGGUGGGAGGGGGGGUCCCGGCCAGCUUGAGUGGAGGGGGGCUGCCGCAGAGCACCGAGUGCACAAAGAGUACCUUCUCGCCACCAAUGCUGUCAGCCAAGUCUCCCCUAAAGAGUCCAGUGAAGCGUCGUUCAGGCCUCUUCCCCCGCCUCCACUCCAGCACAGAGAGCCCCUCGGACAGACACACACGCAGUGACCAAAAGACCCCAGACAUCUGCCCCCUCGGACAGGAAGGGAGAUCAGAGACGUCAUCCAACCCCAGCUCGCCAGAGAUCUGCCCCAACAAGGAGAGGCCGUUCCUCAAGUUGAAGGACUGCAGCAUCAGCAGACCCAACAUCUCUCGCUCCUCCUCCAGCACCAGCAGCUUCAGCAGCACCACCGGAGAGGGAGAGGCCCUGGAGGAGCUUGAUACUGGAAUCCACCCAUCCAUAGCCUCGUCGUCCGUGUUCAGCCCCUUCCCGUCCCUCAGCGUGGAGAGCCAAGGCUCGGCCACCCCCCUCAUCAUGUGUCGCAGUCCAACAGAUGUGAAGAGUAAGAUGUCUCCUAGGUCAAACUUGAAGUUCCGCUUUGACAAGAUGAGCCACUCCACAACAUCCGAGUAGAAAUCUGAAUAUUCCAAAAAAGGGACAACACUGGCUGUUGGAGCAAAAAACAUCCCCAACAUCACCAACGCAUCACAAUGGAAUCCCAAAAUGUACUUAACUUCAUGACUUAAGGGAAUGAAGUGGACUAGCUAGUGUGUAAGAGCACACACGCAGACAGAUACUGAGCUGGAAAGGAGGAAGAAUCCUGUGAGUCUGAACUAAGAAGUGGUGGAAAAAAGAUUAUUCUCAGUAUCUUUCUCUCGACAUGUCUGGUACAGAAAUAGCUCACAGUGAGAGGUGCCAUGUGUUGCUGACAUCACACCACAUCUUCAUUGGCCGCUGGUCUGAUUAAAAUACUCAUCUGUAACAUUAACCUGAUACAACUAGACAUGGCAAGGUUUAAAGGUCCAAUGCAGGCAUGUUUAUCUCAAUAUCUAAUCAUUUCGGGGUAACAAUUAAGUACCUUACUGUUUCUUUUUUUCAAUUAAAAUUGUCAAAAAGAAACUAAAAUAGCUUUUUAGCAAAAGGCAAUUUCUCAAACAAGAAUUUUGCUAGGCCUGUGGGAGGGAAAACUGAAAAUGAGCUAUUAUUGGCAGAGAGGUUUGGAACUCUCUUUUUUAUUGGUCAAUACAAAUUUACCGCAUGGUGAUGUCACCAUGGAAGGCCGAACCUCCAUCCCAGCAAAA